AUGCCGCCCCUGCCGGGAGGUUUUGCGGGGCUGGUGUCUGGACUCAGCCUGGAGCCUGUCUACUGGAACUCGGCGAAUAAGAGGUUCCAGGCAGAGGGUGGUUACGUGCUUUACCCUCAGAUUGGGGACCGGCUAGAUCUACUUUGCCCCCGGGCCCGGCCUCCUGGCCCCCACUCCUCUCCCAGUUAUGAGUUCUACAAGCUGUACCUGGUAGGGGGUCCCCAGGGCCGGCGAUGUGAGGCACCCCCUGCCCCAAACCUUCUUCUCACAUGUGACCGGCCAGACCUGGACCUCCGCUUCACCAUCAAGUUCCAGGAAUACAGCCCUAACCUCUGGGGCCACGAGUUCCGAUCCCACCACGAUUACUACAUAAUUGCCACAUCAGAUGGGACCCGGGAAGGCCUGGAGAGUUUGCAGGGAGGUGUGUGCCUGACCAGAGGCAUGAAGGUGCUUCUUCGAGUGGGACAAAGUCCCCGAGGAGGAGCUGCACCCCGAAAACCUGUGUCUGAAAUGCCAAUGGAGAGAGACGGAGGGGCAGCCCACAGCCUGGAGCCUGGGAAGGACAGCCUACCAGCCUCCCGCGUGGAUGGAGCCGACAGCCCCAUCGCUGGCUAUCAGCCUCAGGGACUUGGCAACCGUCACUAUGGCAACACAGAGCCCAGCAACAGGGCCCACUGA